ACAACCUGUAUUUUCUUCUUGCUUCAUUUCUAACCGGCUCUCAUGCAAAGAGAGAAAGUACACUGUCAUGACGUUGCGAUCCUUUCUCCGAACCCGCUGAACCGUCAACGUUAGAAAAAAAAAAAAGUGGCUCAGCGGAGGGUACUUUAAGACGCUUUGAACACGCCAGGGAGGAUGUUGUUCGUGGUCGUUUCGUUUUGAAAAGCGAGAAAGGGAGUAGGGGCGGUGAAGAGAGACCUGCCUGAAUACGCGGAAGGGGCGCUUCCUCGCACGCGGUAGCGCACUGUGGAGACACCGCGAAGCAAGCUGCACGUGCUGGUGGUGCCGGAUAGCGCGCCGUCCGCGGCCAGCCUAGCCGGUGCGGCGGCCCACUUUCUGGUCGCGAGCGGUGCGCUGACCCGCAUCCGCGUAGUGUCGCCGCAGCCGCACUUCGCUACUGCGGCAGCCGCUGCUCGUGCCGGAGCCGCCGCCGCUGCUGUCGGUGCCGUCGCGGCGCUUGCCCUGGCCGAGCAUGUCUCGCGGCACGAGCCACCGGUGGAUCGGAGGCCCGGGUCGUUUCCGCACCCUGGUCCUGGCCUUCGCCGUCUGCUGCUGCGGACCAGCCGAGGCCGGGUCCUCGCCAGCGAGCGCUCUGCCACCGCCUGCGCCUGCGCUGUCGUCUGCUCCGACUUCGCAGGCCAAGACGGUGAUGUACUACGACGGCAAAACGAUCGCCAGGGUGGAGUACGGUGCCGACGGAGUCACCCUGCAGACCUGUCGACUGUUUGAGCUGGACGACGAACGCGAGGCCGAGCCCAUCAUCAAGGCGCAGGGCCUGCCCGUGCAGCAGGUGGACUUCUCGGCCAUGCUGAGCCUGAUCUCUCAGUGCCGGGACCUGCGCGACUGGUCCGCCAGCACCAACAGCACGCCGCAGUGGAGCGCGUCGACCCUGUGGAGCGGCAUCAUACCAGGCACCAAGUGGUGCGGCCUCGGGGACAUCGCGUCCUCGUACGAGGACCUGGGCACCCACGUGACUGUGGACGUGUGCUGUCGAGCACAUGACCACUGCCCCGUCAAGCUCAAGGCCUUCCGCACAGGAUACGACCUGGUCAACUUUUCCUUGUACACAAAAUCCCACUGUGACUGCGACCGCGACUUCCUCAACUGCCUGCGGCGGGCGAAGAGCCACAUAGCGGACACCAUAGGCAACGUGUACUUCAACGUCAUCAAGGUGCCCUGCAUCCGGAAAGUGCGCAAGCCUGUCUGCACUGACAAGGGUCUCAGGUACGGCCGCAGCGACAGCAGCUGCGAAACGUGGGCCUACCAGGAGCUGGGCAUGCAGUUCGUGCCCACCGAGCGCCACUACGACUGAGAACACGCCCGCCGCCUGGCGUGUUCACGACUGCAUCGCCCAGACUGGUGCAGCUCCCGAGUUCGCGACAAGCACGCGGAACUUGAAGUGAAAGCCGCCAAAAUUGUGUAAAUAAACAAGAACUGUUGCGCAUGUUUAGAACGGCGAUACGUUGUGGAUACGCCCGCUCGGCUGUUGGCCAUCCGUGUCCAGCAGACAACGUGGUCGCCUCUGCGGAGACGACGAGCACUGUUUCGGCCAGCGCGCAACCCAAGGCGGCAGGGACGUCUUCGUCGCUUGGUAUUCUGUCGCGUGCCGGUCGAGAUAACGCAGAACCAGCUCGCCCAUCGUUA